AUGUAUAUCCCUGUGAGUUUUACAUAUAUUUCGCUCCUUUUACCAUUUCUACAGUUGAAUUUCAAUUUUUUCGAAUUCAAUGUACAUUGAUUUUUCACAGAGGGACCGCGAGGUGUCGUUACACCUUCCGACGCCAGACGAGGUCCCGACGCGAAGAAAUGUCAACGAUGUCGCGGCGAAUCGCGAAAAAUCGUUUGUCGCCGUCGCGACCGAUGAUACAAUUUAUAUUUGGCUUGCUUAUGUGGGGAAUUUUUCUAAGUUGAAGAAAAAAAAAAGAAUAUUUAGCCCCAAUUGCUUCUUUGCUCCGUCGGCCUAAGUGAAUCCGAGGUUUCCGAACGGGGAACUCUGCGCAAAAUCUAUUGGCGCUUUGAUUCCGGCGCCAUCGCUGUUUCUGUGAGUUUAGUUUUUCGAAAUUCAUUCAUUUCAUUAUUUUCAGACGACUCGAAACCAAAUUCUGGUUUAUUCAGUACUCGUUUCCGAGGAGAAUUGCUACAAUUUGCACGAUUCGAGCGAUGUCAAUUUUCAGAGGACUUCUCAGGUUUUCAUUGAAAAGUUUUUGAGGCUAAGAAUUUGUCUUGUUUCAUCGCUAUGAAUUAUAUAUAUAUUCAUACUCUUGAGGUUAAAAUUUGGAAAAAGUUCGAUUUUUGUUAUAAUUUCUGAAACAUUUACAAGGUUUUGGAUAGUUUUCAUUAAAUUAAAUGCAAAAAGAGAUACUUUUCCCGAAAGUCUCUUGACUUUCAUUGGAAAUUAAUAUUCGUCUUUUAUCUUUCGAAAAAAAAAAGAAAAAAAAUUUAUUCAAUUUUAUGAAAAUCUUUUCAGAAGCUUCAACUAGUGUAACAAUUUCAAGGGAUCGAGUUUCAAUGAAAAACAUUGUUUUUUAGGAACUAUUUUUGCGCGGCUCCCGACCAAUUGUUAACCUUCUACCGUCUGUUGUCAUCAACCUAGCCGCUCCGGCCACUUGGUUUUUCGUUUUCUUUCUCGAUUUCUGAAGAAAAAGUUAUUUUCCAGCUGUGUCUCCUCGAAAGACGAGAUCCUGGUGUGCGUCCGGAACGGCUUCGCCCACCACGUCACCUGGAACGGCGUCAUCGACCCCGAAAUGUCGUUCCGGCUCUCGAGUGUCCCCUUUGCACAUGAUCAACUACAGUCAAAACGUUAGUUUUGUUAUUAUUUCUUUUUUUUUUGAGAAAGAUCAUUUUCAAACAGCUCAGUGUUCCUAAGAUUGUACCAGGAAGAAGGGAGAAAUUAUUUUGAAUUUUUACGAGAAAAAAGCCCUUGGAAUUUCUUCAUUUUAAUUUAUUUACUCGGAUUGUGGACCGUAACCCGCGCCGACGACUAACUCUUCGAUCAUACCAUGAUUCAGCAGAGAUUUUCUUCAUCUUACUGAAUAAAUUGAAAUUGAAUUAUUUACUCGAAAGUCUCACUGUUAGAGGAAAAUUCGACAAAUAUAUUUUGGUUUUUGCGAGAAAACCGUGGAUAAUUUGGCCUUGAAAAAGGGGAUAGCUCGCGAAAUAUUUUUUUUUUCGUUUUAGACCAAUUAUCUCCUGAUAAAGUUGUUGGUAAUCGAUAAUUUAGAAGACUUCACAAAAUUUUUUUGCGAAAUUUGUUUUUUAGCUCUUUUUGUGGCUUCUUGAUUAUAUUUUGAUCAUGAAAGAGUGCUAGAAUUUUCAAAAUUCUUGAAAAAGGGACAUUAGGACCUCUUUUUGGGCUUAAUUUUCAUUAGGCUUUUUUAAAGCCGUGUUAACGUAUAAUUGGAAACGAAAGCUCUUGGUUAUGCCUUUUCAAUUAGAGUGAGAAAAAGGGAACUUAAUUUUGGAGAUUUAGACGUUAUUUUGAAUUGCACGGCAUUAACCUCCCUGAAAAAUUCCUGUAAAACUCUUCGAACUUUCAGCUGAUUACGUCACCUCGAAAACAGCCUUCAUCGCCGACGCCGUCUAUGCUCCAUUGAUAGGUGGUUACUGUAUCAUUCUGUCGGAUGGCCGGGCCGCCCUUCUCACUUCGGCUGACGCUUUAUUCCGACCAAAUGUUAUCAUUUCCAUCACUUUCCAAGAAAUUUGAAAAGUUUCAGAGUUUACUAGGCGUUUGGGCGUUGAACCUGCGCGACGCGGUCUGCUGCGACGUCAACCACAAGUUCAGAUUGCUCGUUUUUGGAUGCAAAAAGCGAGUUUUUGCUCCAUUUUCCAUGUAUAACGGCAAAGUUUCCAGUGGAGACGUUUGCGCCUACAAUUUGGACGAUGCGAAUGGCUCGCUGGUUCAAACUUUCCGAGUUUCUUUGAGAGUCACUAAUGGCCCCGGUUGGUUUUUAAGGUUCUUCUAAAAUUUCUGAAAGAAACGUUUUGAGAAUUUUUAAAAAGCUGGUUAGUUUGCAGUGUGUUAUUUUAGGAAUUUUCAGAGCUCUUCAUUGAAUUUUCAGGCCUUUUUUUUUUUAUUUUUUUCUAAAAUUUGUUAAUUUUUCAAUUUUUUUUUUUUGAAAUGAUGACACUCUGAUUAUAUUCAUUUCUUUCUAGAUAAUUUUAUGUUGAUAUUAUACUGAAAACUUCUCAUCAAUUACGCUAAAGGUUCAGUUGGAAAUCAAGUUUCUAGCAAUCCAGAUUUGAAAAAAAUAGAUAUUUUUCGAGCAUAUCUAGCGAUUUCUAAAAAGUCUUUGCUGUUCAAAAAUCUGUUUUUUUUUUCGAAAUUAUAAACAAAUUUGCGGAUAUGUGCUCUGAAAUAACCAAUUUUGUAGAGUGAAAUCUCUGUUUUUAGUUUCGUUAGAAAAGAUACGAUAAAUCGCCUUUUCGAGCACAAUCUUUUUGUCUGGAGUCUAAUCUUUCGGAAUCCUGCUGGAGUUCAUAUGAAUGCUAUUUUCAACACUCUGGUGGAAUUUCAGUUUGCGAAAAAAAAAAACGCAGCUUUAUAGGGUUUCAGAAAAAUUGAACAAGGAAGUUGUGAGUAAAAAAUGUUUUUGUACCUUUUCUGACGGUACUUUUUUUUUGAGUUUUAGGUGGUGUGUGUCUUUUCUAAAGUCCAACCUCUGUGUCAGUAUCCUAAAUUCGGGUUUAUCGGCUUUUUCAACCAAAUAAUCUUUCAGAACUGAGCAAUAGACUGGGUCCCGUUUCGGCAGUCCGGAUGCUUCCCAACGGCUCGGCUUUUUCCGCGGUCUGGGAACCGAGAAACGCCGAGGAACCCGGAGCCAGCGGAUCGGAGAGCGGCAACGUCCUCGCUUCUCCAACCGCGUCGACCACUUCCCGACUUCCGCCGACCCUCGCCAUCUUCACGCCCUUCGGAGCGCAGUCGUUCUGCAGCCUGGAAAGCCUCAUGGACAGGUUUCAGAGACAAAAUAAAGGCGGGGACUAGGAGAACUGUACUAAUUUUAGAGAUUCUCGAAUAAGCACUAUUUUUUUGCGGCUUCAUACAGACUAUGAACUUUUUAUUCCUUUUAUAAAAACCCCUUGGAUUUCAAGAAUGUUGCUUUGAUUCUUCAGCCACGGCGUCCUUCCCUCGGAGUACUACACUUCGAUGGAAUGGGGUCCCGAAGGACUUCAGCUCUGGCUGGGCCGAGGCGACGGUUUGGCAGUCCUUCCCAUUGUUCAUAGCGCCGCCUGUGGGAAUCCGGUUAUGGUAUGACUUUUAUACUUUUUCAUCGGUAUAGCUGAUUCUCGGGGAGCGUGGCCUGUCUGCGCUCUCCAACAACCAAACAAUAUCUCCUUUUAUCGUGUUAGGACCCUUUUUAGAUGGCUCAAGGCAGCCGUGAAUCGGCUGUACUUAAAUAAGUUAUCUUUGAAAACAAAAAAUAUAGUUGAAAAAAUAACAAGGCGAGAUAACAUUGGACAGCGAUUUCUUUGUAGGAACACACCAACCGAGCCGUUUUCCUCAGCGAAUCGCAGGUUCUGAUCAGUCCGGCCAGGGAACGCGAGACGGACGCCUGUGCUCCCCACGCCGUUUGGUCCCAUAUCAAUGUCCCUCAUGAGUAUCUGGCGGCCAAUUGGCCUCUCCGAGUGAGUUUCCAUGGAAAAUGGGUCCGCACGGGGAAUGGCUCAACGCGUUGCGGCUGCUUCGUAUGCGUUUUCGAGCACAAAAUCCGAGGAACAGCAACAAUUCUGUCAAAAAAUUUAGAGAGAAAUAGGCAAAAUACGAGAAAAUUAAGUAUAAAAAAAAAGAUGUUUUGGACAGUUCUCAUCGAUAUUUCAGAGAAGAGGAAAAAGUCGGAAAAAGAUUUUUUAGAAAGUUCUUAUCAGAAAAUCGAAUUAGCUGAGUUCAUUAAACCUAAAAUGCGUAAAAUCUAUCUUAAGUCUGAAAACUUUAAGCCACUCCGCGUGCGGCUAAAUGAUUUUUUUCAAAAAGUUAAAAAAACUAUUUUUCUCAUUAUUCGAGUUUCCACGUUUCGUUUUUCACAACCGUCAAGUCAAAAAAACUGAUGAAAGUAUAAAAAAAUUAAUUUUUUUGAGCCGCAACGCUUGGAGCCAUCCCGCGUGCAGCAAAAUGAUUGAAAAAAAGAAAAGAAAGAAUCUGCUGAAUUGUAACGCUUUAUUUUUUUACAAUUAUCGAAUCAGAAAAUGACGAGCCGCAACACGGAGCAUUCCCCAUGUGGUCAAUAGAGUUUGAAAUAUUUUUACUUGUGUUUUUUUCCUAUAUAUAUUUCGACCUCUUAGCGCGUCACUUUUUACUGGUGAUCCUGCCAUAGGGAGGAUUUUUUUCAAAAUCUUCGUUUGAUCGGUUUUUUUGGGAGACUUUGUUUAGCAGAAUCUCACGGUCCAUUCAUUCGCUUCAUAACCGGUCUUUUUAAUGAAAAAUGAAAAAGGAAUUAAAAUCACGUUAAGAGUUAUCUUUAUAAUCAUUUCUCGGUGCGUAUUUUUGUCUGUUUUUUUCUUUUUCUUUCCGUAUAGCUCGGUAAAAACUUGUUGAUGCCUGUUUUUGUCCAAAUUUUCUUUUUGAAUUUUUUUUUGUUUUGCCUUGAAACAAUUGUGGAAAUUGAAAAUUUUACAGUUUGUGUCGACGGAUCGAGAAUUCCGGCAUUUGGUCGUGGCUGGACAGUACGGAAUCGCCCACUGCUCACUCUCCAACAAUCGUUGGAAAAUUUUCGGAAAUGAGAGCCAGGUUCCCUUUUUUUUACGAUUCGAAUAGAUUUUGGACAGAAUAGAUGACGUUCUAUGCAUUUUCAUGUUUUAAAAAAAUUCUAUAGACUCCGAAAAGGUGAAGUUCCAAAGAAAAUUUGCUACUUUCAUUCAUUGUCGCCUUCUAUUUAUCAAGAAGCUGAACCAAAAAUUUGUAUUUCCCCAAAAUUAGGCGGAAAAAGAGAGAUUUUCCAUCUUCAUACACAUUUUGUAAUAAAUUCUGUUCAAAGUUCAACAUUUUAUUGACUUUAUUCGAAUAUUCUCGUUGGAGUCUCUGAUUUAUUAUUUGCAGAAUUAGGGGCGGGGCUUGAACGAUGACAUGGCUUUCGGAGCCUGAAAAGACUAAUAAUUUUUCAUCUCUCGUAAACGCGUUUUUAAAAUAGAUAGGCUUUUUUCUACACAAAAGUCAGAUUUGAAAAAAUUUCGAGGAGUAUUUGCUGCAUGAUGUUGAUGAGAAUGUUUGAAGGAACGCGACUUGUUGGUGACCGGAGGCGUGUUCAUCUACGGCGACACGGCGGGCGUCGCCUGCUGCAGCGCCUCGGAGGAGAAGCCUCAGAUUCGGUUCUAUCCGUUGGCGACGAAACUCGACAACCGACAUGCCUCCCGUUGGGAUCUCGAAGCCAGGGCCAUUCUCCUCGCUCAUAGGUCCGGUCAAAGUGUAUUUUCUGUAGAAGCCUUUUGAAGACAAAGCCUUCAAAAAUCUAUCUUGAGAUAGCCCGUCCCGCGCUAUACGUCACGAUUUUCCCCUUCGAGCUUUAUGUGUGCAUGCGCAUUUAUUCAGGAUUAAAGGCGCAUGCCUAGAGAUAGGCCACGCGUAUGGACAAAAGGGUUCUGUAGCUGAAUAGCGUGCGAAGAAUGGGGUAUAAAAAAUCAUCAAGGAAAUUAAACCUUUCUCUAAUAUUGAGAGAGAAAAGAGAAUAUCUUGUAUUUCCAACUAACUUCAGCAAGAUUCUAGGGGCGACGUCCUGGCGGUCUUCGACACGGCGGCCCGCGUUCUGAUCUACAAGCUGAGUUCGCAGAACGACGGCGGAAGAGAUAGUUACGUGAAGGUUUCGAUGGAACUGCUGGCCGAAAUCCGCAUGAGAGACCUCAUAGCCCAUCCCGCCUGUGUGGUCUCCCUACAGCUCACACAGCUCAACUUGGACGCCAGACAAGGUUUUUCUUUCGAAUCUUCGUGGCACGAAUCAAAAAAAAAAGUAGAGAGUGUUCGAAAAUGAGAGGAGAAGUUUUUUCUUUCUCUGAACGCCUUCUUGUUUACCAGUGCUUUCUAACUUUUCAAGAUUCCAUCUUUGACCAAUCUGCUAGAAAUCAAGAUAAUCUUCUAGCGAAAGCGACCUUCGCUCCUUCUGUGGACACGGUUCUCGUCAAUGUUUCUGGCAGAUUGAUCACUUUGAACGCGAAUCCGGACGAUGAGAAUGGAAAUUUUAUGGUAAGAGUUGGGGAAGGCUGAAUUUUCAGUUAUUUUGUGCUAUCCGUAAGAAUAGCACAAAAAUCGGAGUAGAAUGGUGAAGUAUCGGAAUUAAUUUUGAGGUUGUGAAAUGAAAAUGAGUUUGGUUAGUUUUGUAAUUAUUUUUUUAUGUUUCUCUUUGCCUGUAGGUAGCGGAAAAGUUUCGAGAAACAAGGAGUUCCGGUGGUUUUAAAGAGAAAAGUACAUUUUCCAUUUUAUUUGAAAUAUUUUUCUCCUUUUGGCAAGAAGUUUAAGGUCGAAAGAAAUCGUGAAAAAUACAUACGAAGUUAGAAGUUUUUAUCCGUCCCUUGGUAUUUCAGUUGAACCAGCCGAUGGUGGUGGCCUCGUUCGUCGAGCAGAUGUGGCACGACCGCGCGGUUUCUUCAACGCCUUCGUUUUCGGCAUCUCCAUCGCCGGCGAAGACGUCGAACGGCGCGACGCCUUCUGCCUCCAAUGAAGCGACCGUGUCGCCGCACCUGAGCAACGCCUUGUGGAUCGCUUGCGGCGCCAAGGGCAUCAAGGUCAGACCCAGAAUUUUCCUACUGGAAGCAUGAAAAAAAUGAUCCGUUUAAAGGUGUGGCUACCACUGUUACCCGGCCGAAGAAGUGCGGGACCUCAGGAGAUGACCUUCAUUGCGAAGCGGAUCAUGCUCCCGUUCGAGCUCGAUAUCUAUCCAAUCGGUUUCCAAUGAAAAUGUACCAUUUAACGAGAUUUUUUCAGUCAUCUGUGCAAGUGACUGCUUGGCGGUCGGCGUUGAAAGCUCCCCUCAGCAAUUUCUGAGAUCGAACAUUUCCAUGUACGUCCUCAACAGAAACAGCGAGGUCUUCAGUCCUGACUCCUGACAGUUUUUCAUUUUUCAUCUCAAGGUCUUUGUUCAUCACUUGCUCCGACAGCUUUUGAAGCGGAAUCUCGGGGUUUUUGCUCUGGAAGUCGCUGCCUCUUGUCGAACUUUGCCCCACUUCUCACAUGCCCUGGAACUUUUGCUUCAUGGCGUUUUGGAGGAGGAAGCGACGAGUAGCGAACCAAUUCCAGGUAAUUUAUUAGGCUUCUAUGAUUUCAAGUAAUGAUAAAGUUUUAUGGAAGCUUAGAUUAAAAGUUCUGUUGUGGUUUUUCAAAGUAUUUUUUUGGGAUAUUUUAUUGAGUUUUGAAAGUUUAAGCUCCCCAGUGAACCUUUCCUUCCCCCUCGGCGCACUUUUUUUGAACUUUUUAGUUUAAGGAGAGUUUUUUUAGGUUGAAGGAGAAAAAACGAAACUUCACUGCCUUCUAAUCGACGUAUUUUUUUAUUCAAGAAUAAGGUCCUAAGAAACUCUUUUCAGGGCUUCUGGAAUUUUUUCGGAUUAAAAAGUCAGAAAAAUUAAUGUAUGUAGAUUCUAUGAAUUAAGAGAGAAAUUCUUAGACUCUAAAAAAAAUGAAAUCAACAAAAUUCUUAUAGACCCUUUACUACCGCGAUGCGUAGCGUUCAUCCAAGAAUUCCCGGAAUUCCUUCGAACCGUCGCCCAUUGUGCCAGGAAAACGGAACUCGCUCUUUGGUCGGCUCUUUUUGCCGUCACCGGCUCCCCGAACGACCUUUUUGAGGUUUCAUUUCAAAGGAACUAGCCUUAAAAGCAUGUGUGUAGGUUUGUCUCCGUGAUGGCCAACUUGACACGGCGGCCAGCUACCUCAUCGUCUUGCAGAACAUUGAGAACAGCCAAACUAGCAUGGAGGUAUUUGGAGGGUGAUUGGAAAACGCUGAAAAUAUUGAUUAUUGCUGUUUUUCCGUCAUUUGAACAAAAUUUCGGUUUGUAAAUAUUUUUCUCAUUGUUUAUCUCCAUUGAAAAACCAAAUAUGAAGUUCAGAAAUUGCUUGAUUUUUCGUUGAAUUUUCAAAAAUUUUUUUCUGAACAGAGAAUCCCUUUCAAAAAUUGGUAGAAUUUUUUUAUUUUUCAAAGAAUUUCUGGGGAGGCAAUUUUCGAGUGAUUUUUUUAAAAUUUUUCCUAUGAAAUCGCUGAUGAAACCAAACCUUUUUCAAUUUUUUUAAAAUUUCCUAAAGAUUUCCUUAUCAAGACUUUCAGUGAUUUUUUUAAAGAAGAAAUAAAUAUUUUUUUGAGUUAUAAAUUGACUUCUUCAUGAAAAAAGAAAAAAAUAAUGUUUCCAAUUUUGAAGCAAGCGGCCCGGUUACUACGAGAAGCUCUGACGGCUGGCGAAUGGUCCAUAGCUCGCGACAUGAUGCGAUUCACAAGAGCCAUCGAUUCUGGAGAUAUCGACAGUCCCUCUAGGUAUCACUUCAUUUUCGUUUGUCGGAAAGUCGUGAAAGUCGUGAAAAAUCUAUUUUUUCUAAUGAGUUUUGAACCUUUCUAGUGUUAAUUUUUGAGCUGAUUUUGGCCUUUUUUCAUAGUAUUUGAGGGAAAUAGAAUCUUCUACAGUUAUAAUUCAUUAAACUAUCGAUCGAAGUUUUUUUAAAUUUCAAUAUUGAAAAUUUUGGAAUUUUCUUGGAUGGAAAAAAUCGAAAGCAAUUUUUUUUAGUAGCACGGAGAAAGUAUGAAGUCCCGAGUGAAAUAUCAUCUUAUUCAUGAAUGUUCUAAUGUUGACCUUGAUCUCCAGAACCCCGCCUCCAAACGCAAAAACCACCUUGUCCCGCCGUCCAACCGUUUCCUCACCCACUCCGAUCAACGAAGGAGCGAAUGAUUACGUUUUCAACAGAUUUCAAGCUGGUUUCAUUUCAUUCUCAAAAAUUCCAAUUUUUGACUUUCUAAAGGCGCGAUGAAGCUAAAUAAAGUGAGACAUUCGCACUCGAUCAGCGAGAAAGAGACGCAGGUUCGCAAGGAUUCCGCCGGAUCGGCCAAUGUUUCCUCGAAAACCAGAGUCUCCAGGGUUUUUCAGAUCUGAAGACUUUCUUAUUGAGAAAGAUUUUAGGGUCAGUCCUCGGAAAUGCCAUCCCCGGUGGCACCGGCGAAUCCGAUGGCCAAACGAAUGGAGGAAAUCCUUGAGGAACACGCCUGGCACCUACUCAACGAGUAUUGCAUACGGGAUCUAGGUGAAAAUUUAUCUUUACAGAUUUAUCGUAAAAAAAGAAGAUUCAAAGGCCUAAAUUAAUCUUCCUUAAGACUUAUAGCAAGUAAAGUUUGAGUUUUGAGAUUUUAAGAUCAUUUUGUAGUUUUUUUUUUUUUACUUCGUGUUUUUCGAGAAAAACUCGAUUCAAAAAUCUACAAGUUCGUUUACCGGAAAGCAAAAAUCAGGAAAGUAAAAUCAACAAAAUGAACGAGAUAUCAUUUAAAUUGACGAGACCCCACGUUGAAGCUGAGAAAUUUCCAAAAUUUUGCCAAAAGUUUUGGAUUAUCACAUCAAACUUGAAGAAUUGAGCUAAAUUUUAAAACAAUCGCUUCGUCGUGAAAUUCUGAGACGGAUGGUAGGGUUUAGAGCUCCGUAGGAGCAUUUUGAACUGAUUUGGAAGUAUUAUUUUUGAGAAGACAAAGACCUUUAAAAAUUGAAAUUUUUACGAGUAAAAUAUUCUAGGAUUCAUUCAUUCAGUCAUCAGAAAAAAAUCAAUAGAAAUUUUUCCUAAAAAAAUUUUUGAGAAAAAAAUUUACAUUCGAUACUUUUAAAAUGCCACUUUCAAAGAACCAUUUUCAAAAUGACAAUGUUGAAUUUGAGGUUACUUCUGGGCGGAACUCGGCGUCGACCUGACGCGACUUCUCGGCAAACGACGACAGGCGCUCUCCGGCAACACGACCACCCUCACGGAGAACGACAAGAACUGCUGUUUCGUCGAGGACUUCUCUCUGGCUCUCACUCGCCUCCACUCCCAGUUCGCUUGGCCCUACCCCGUGGCCGGCAGUCGCUUCGUUCAUCAGCUCGAGAAGAAGCUCGGCUCUCUGAAGAUCAGCCACAGCACCGCCAGUCUUAAUGGUCAGUGUCUGGGAGUAUUGUGAUUAGAAACUUUGGACAAAGCGGCCUUGGAGCUUAAAAGAAGAAGAAACUCUUAUGCUUAUGAGGGUAGAUGAGGGUCUUCUUUUCGCCCCUUUAGCGUCUCCGUUUCAGCACAACUGACUCGAAAAGCCUCAAAAACAUGGGUUUUUAUAUACGGGUACACCCGUUGAGAGCCCUGGCAAGCCUGAGAGGAACCCUCUGUUUAAGUCCUUAAAAAGGUGCAAAAUGGUUCCUUCAAGCAUUUUUUUUUUUCACUUUAUUGAAAAAAGGACUUUUUAUCGGCUUUUAUACCUCCUUCCCUGGAACUUAUUAUGAAAAACAUUAUAUAUUUUUUUUAAAAAGAACCCGGCUAAUAAAAAAUCUCGAAAAGAAGCUAGGAAGGUCUUUCAAAGGCAUUUUUAAGCUUCUUUUCAGAUAUUUUCGGCUUGAACCUUAAAAAUAAAUUCAAAGAAAACUCAGCCUCAACAUGCUAAACCAGAUAAUUUUACCAAACGUUUGAAUGCUCGCUAAAAAUCUGAGCCGUGUUUUAUUUUGGGCAAAACAAUCAAAACCGGUCACUUGCCUCAAAUCUCCAUUUUUUAAGGUCUGGCGGCUAGCGAGCUAACAAAAGUCGCUCCUCCAACCGAAGCAACGGAACAUGUUCCUUCAGUUGAAGCCAAAUCGAUCAAGCCCACCCCAUCGAGUGAUGAUGCCGAGAGCAGCAGCGGCACAGAGGUUCUUCUUCAUUUAUAUAUGGAAAUGGGUGUAUUGGUGAAAAUCUCAACCAGUUCCAAGAGAAUUCGGAAAAUUUGACUUUUUAAAGCUUGAGGAAAGGAUGAAAGCAGAGAUGUUUGAACACAAAACUUGUACAUGAGAACAAUUUUCCACAAAAAGUCGUGUUCAGAUACAAGAAGUGAAGUUGGAAAGAGUGGUCAAUGGUCCGAGCACCUCGCAACGGCAAAGUUCGGAUUUGCCGACCAUUUCCUCGAGGCCAACAACUCCGGGAGCCAGCACUGGCCAGCAGAGUUUGACCAAUACGCCGUCUGAUUCGAGGAGUCUGGCUGGGGAUUGGCAAGGUGAUUUUGAAAACUGGAAAAAAAAGAUUGAGAAAAUGAAGCUGAAAGGCUACAAAAGUUACGAAGUAAAAUAAGGUUUUUUUAGUAUUUUUUUUUUUCACUAAUCCAAGUCUUAAAUCUGAAUUUUCAGCAUUUCAAGAGUUAUUGAUUAUGAUGGUUGAGUUACGGGAUCUUUCCAGACCUCAAAAAGAAUAAGCCUGUCUUGUUAGAUUUUUCACAACUUUUUCAAGAAGCAACACUCAUAAUAAGGGGGAAAAAGGAAGUCUAGAAUCGAUUUUAGACAAAAUUGAACGAAUAAUUAAGUUUGCAAUUUAAAAAAAUUCAGCGACCGAAGUUUUGGUUGGUGAAUCGUCGAGAAGAGGAGACGCCGCCAGUCAGGCACAGCUCGACUACAUGCUUGAUCUUUUCGCUGAAAGCUCAACUGUCGAUUGGAUGUUCUUGGUUUGUUAGUUAUAGGAAAAAGAAUGCGGAAAUUCUCGUGGAAAUCAUAGAAAUCCAGGACCUUUUUACUAGAAAGUUAAUGAAGGUAAAUGAUUCCCUCAUUUUUGAAGUGAAAUAUGGCAAUUUUUCAACAUAGGAACAUCUGUGAGAAGUCUUUGAGAUAUCAAUUUUCAAUUAUGCCAUUGUUAACAAAGAAAAGGUUUUAUCACCCUCAGAAUGAAAAUUUGUCCAGGUUUUCUAAGCUUGAAAUAAUGAUGAGUUUUAUGGAACUAUUGGCAAUGAAGAAUAGAAAAAAAGUAAUUUUUUUUUGAUGGCCAGAGGAAAGACAUUAAAUUAAUAUAUAAAAUGAUUUAUGAACGUUUAAAAACAACAAGAUGGAAAAUGAGCAAGCAAAAUUCAAGAUAUAAAAGAAGCUUUUCCUGAUUAUUUUCUUGGAUCUGUGGCCCUGUCUUUCCAGCUAUGUGUCCUACGUCGCGAUGAUUCUCGGCUCCGGAAAGAGAUCAACGCGUCGACAAUCGAAGCUUGCGGCCGGAUCCCAUUCACCCGCGUCCGGAAUGGCUGUCACGAACUGAUGCGAUGGGCUUUAGUCAACUGGUGAUAAAGAAUUUGAAAGCCAGUUCAAAAUCGUUUUGCAUUUCUCAGCAUUGGCUACGUCUCUUUAUUGCAAACUUUUGGCGCUCAUUUGGACGUCGUCGCUGAACAAUCUGGAAUCGCCAACCUGCGACUUCCGCCCAAGAAGAAGAUCGCGACAGAUGGUUUGUUUUGAAUUUCGAAAAAUGACUUUCUUGUUUGAUUUUUGUUGAAGCUUCCUCAAUAAUUCUGCGCUUUUAUCUCUCUUAGGAACGCCAUAGUAGUCUCUAUAGCGGUUAGGGGAAAAGACAGCCCCUAUAGGGCUCUUAUAACUUUUUGUUCAAAUUUGAAAAUUAAAAGAGAAACUUGGAAAAUUCCAUAUUUUGUUGAUGUUUUUUUGAUUUCAAAAUAGCUAAUUUAUUUGGUUUUUCUGCAUGGAAUAUAGUUCAUAUCAAUAAUCGACUAGCAUUUCCCCUAUAGGGACCUCUUGCAAGCUUUAGUGACCUCUAUAGAGGGAGGUGAACGGAUCCCUAGAAGAGAAUUUUCGAGCAACCAUCAAUUGUACAGGCAAUAAAGCUACAAAAGAUCAUAUGAUACCCUUUUUUCAACAAAGUUUUAUUUUUGGAAUCCAAAGAAAAUCAUAAAAACUGUCUUUUUUCAUAUAAUCCAAGUUGAAUCGAAGUUUCAGCCAACGCGACUCAGUCAACGACGCCACGGACUUCGCGAGCCGACGUCAGCCAUGCCAAGUCGAACCUGCAGCUGGGAGCCGCUUUCGCCGACAAAGCCAACGGCAACGCGGCCAAAUCGCGACAUCGCAGUCGCAGCGUCGACCGUAUUUCUGCCGGCGGCGGACGACGCUACGAUCAUGUCGUCUCCUCGGUGGAGCCCAACGAGGAAGGCUGCCUUCUGAUGUGA